ACGCCGUCGACGACGCUGUCGCUAUCGCCACUGCCACCGCUGGUCAGUGUCUUUUUAGAAGCCACCACGCGUACGAUGAACGCUCCGCGAUCGGUUCCGGGUUCGCUAGCGUCGGUUCUCGGGUUCGCGCUCGUAUUGGUCGUCUCCGUCGCCGAGUGCGAUCCGGCUGGACCCGAUGCGGCCGCGCUGCAGACGACGGAGGCCACCGUGCCGGCUGAAGGUCGUGGACACUUCAAGAAGAUGAUGUUGAACCCGUACAUGCUGAUACCGCAGUUGAUCGCGCUGGGAUUCGCGCCGAUCGUUCUGGCCAACCUCAAGAUGAUGGUCAUGUCGGCGCUGAUGAUCAACAACAUGGCCCUGAACGCGGCCAUUUUCAUGACCGUCCGGAACAUAGUGUUCGGUCCGCGGCCCAAGGUCAAGUACGUCAAUCACGGUUAUCACGACCACCAGAACCAACAUCAUCACCAUCAUCGCCAAGAAGACAGCAAUCAUCCACACCACGAACACAACGAAGAUGACGGUGUCCAAAGUCACCACGCCGGACAGAGUGAGCAACAACCACCGCAGCACCUGCACGCGUCGUCGAGACACACAGACCACCGCCGCCGCAGGACAACGAAUACAGCCAUCGCUUCUUCGUUGCGACGACGACCGACGCCACCACCGACGUUUACGCAGCCCAUCGUUUAAAAACCCUGUAUUAUUUAUUUAUUUUUUUUUUACGUGCUUUUUAUUUUUUUUUUACUAUUGUGUAAAUAUCGACUAGUCCAUUUAAUUUAUUAAUUUAUUAUUUUAUUUUCUCAUUUUAUUCGUUCGGUCGAAUCAAACGCCUGCAGAGGCCUUAUAUUAUAUAAUAUAUAAUACGCGUAAAUGCACGCUGCACAUAUUCGGCCAGGUUGUAUAAAAAAUCACUAAAUAUUAAUUAAUGAAUCAAUAAUAAUAUCAGCUAUGUUAUCGUAUAACAGUAGGUAAGUAUUGGUCCAUUAAACAUAAUUUAGUGGCCCACGAUAGGUUCAUCAAACUUUGGUGAUCUUGAUCCUUGAGAAUAUUUAUUUAUUUUUUAUGCAACUCGGCAAUAGUUCAAUAUCUGUGUGUGUGUAAAUACUAAUUAUAUAUGGUCAGGUGUUAAGUGCCAGAGUGCUAUACCUAGAGUGUUCCACGAAAAUUCACUUAUAUUGUAUAAGGAAUGCCAAAUGGAUGUGCUUACAUACUUUACAUAAUCCAGCGGUCGCUCCAUGUAUAAGACAUCUCCGUGGGACACGAAAUCUGUAAUCCGUAUAUGCACGUCAAGAUUAUAAUAUAUAGGUAAGGAACGUGCUUGUAUAUUAUUUCAUAUCGUACACAGUGUUCGUCAUACGAAACGUCGCGUAAUAUUAUCAAAAUCGAGUUAAUGUUUUUAGAUAUUACCUACCUUCGUAGAAAAAAUUCAAUAUUUUUUUUUACAAAAAUCAGAGAAAAUCUGUUUUCUUAAAACUACUACAAACGGCACUUUUUCUUGUAAGUAAGUACUAUAAAAAUAAGUAUUAUAGGUAAUCCAUAUACUAUAGGUACGAAUGGGUGAGAAUGUUUGUCCAAAAAUAGGUUUACACUUAUUUAAUUUUUGUAUAAACAUAUACCUAAAUAUAAUAGAAAAUAUGUAUAGUAUACAAUUAGUACAUGUACUUAUAAUAUUCAUAAUUGUAUACAAAAAUACGUUUGAGUAUUAGUAUGCCAACGGUAUACCGUAUACAGUGUAAACUGUUAAUAAUUAUUAUCCGUAGGGUAUGUAUGUGUAUACCUAUAAUAGGUAAAUAAUAAUUAUUAAUAUAAUUUUUAUAAUAUGUUAAUUGACUUAGGUCGUGUAUGUAUAGUCGUAUAGGCAAUCGCAUAUUAUAAUAUGUAUGUUACAGUUACAGUCAUAAAUAAAUAAAAUAUGAUAUUUUUCACA